UUUCUCAUGGGACAGUUUCUUACAACUUUGGAUACAGAAAAUACUUAAGAACUUGUCAGAUUGCAAGAGCAGGAGUUCCUGUGUAUUGGAAGCAGGAAGGAAAAAGGAAGAAGUUGAGCAGUGAUGUUGGGUAAAGAAGUUGCUCUGCAAACUGAGUUUCCUCCAACAAACUGUAGUGUCUCACUUCCCAUCUCUGAAAUUGGGAUAUCAGUAUGACUGAUGCCAUGUUGCCUCCAAAGAAGGGACGAAUACCUUCCAGAAUAGCCAUGAACUGUUUAGUCCUGGCAAUUUUCUUACCAUUUCUUCCAAGCACAUUGUCUCUCCAGCCAGCCCAGGCCAAAGUGUUGCUGGUAUCUUUUGAUGGAUUUCGAUGGGAUUACAUCUAUAAAGCCUCAACUCCCAAUUUUCAUUAUGCCAUGGAGAAUGGUGUUCAUGUCAAACAGGUCACUAACGUUUUUAUAACGAAAACAUAUCCUAAUCAUUACACAAUGGUGACUGGUCUCUAUGCAGAAAGCCACGGUGUAGUUGCUAAUGAGAUGUAUGAUCCUAUUCUGAAUGAAACUUUCUCUUUGAGCAGAAUGGCUGUCUAUAACCCCAAGUUCUGGGAAGAAGCCACCCCAAUAUGGAUAACAAACCAGAGGGAAGGACAUAAAAGUGGAGCAGCCAUGUGGCCUGGGACAGAUGUGAAAAUACAUGGAGUCUUUCCUACAUAUUAUAUGCCCUACAACUAUUUUGUUUCCUUUGAAGAUAGAGUUGCUAGGCUUAUUGACUGGUUUACAUCAGAAGAACCCAUAAACUUUGGUCUCCUGUACUGGGAACAGCCUGAUGAGAUGGGCCAUAUCCUGGGUCCAGAAAACCCACUUAUGGCACCCGUAAUUAGUGAUAUUGACAAAAAGCUGGGAUAUCUUCUGUCCAAGCUGAAGAAAGCAAAGCUAUUGGAUGUGGUAAAUGUCAUAAUUACAAGCGAUCACGGAAUGUCAGAGUCUUCCUUAAAAAGGCGCAUUGAGCUCGAUCAGUAUGUGAAUAGAGAGCUCUAUAAAAUCUUUGAGAAUUCUCCUGUGGUAGCUAUUUUGCCAAAAGAAGGCAAACUGGAUGAAGUAUAUGAAGCUUUGGCCAAUGCUCAUCCCAACAUGACUGUAUAUAAAAGGGAGCAGAUUCCAGAUAGAUUACAUUACAAACACAACAGUAGAAUUCAGCCAAUCUUAGCAGUGGCUGAUGAAGGAUGGGAAAUUGUGUAUAAUAAGUUUGAUGUUAUUCAAUCUGGUAAUCAUGGAUAUGACAACAUGCUACCAGAAAUGCAUCCAUUUUUUUUGGCAUUUGGGCCUGCUUUCAGAAAGAAUGUCACUAAAGAAGUAAUGAAUUCUACAGACCUGUAUCCCUUAUUGUGUCAUCUCCUUGGUAUUAACGCACUGCCACACAAUGGCUCAUUCAAUGCUGUGAAAGACAUGCUUGCUGAAGAAGUUCCGUUUGGAGCAGACACCUAUGCUACUGUUCUAGGAGUCUUUUUAGGCAGCUUUCUUGUUAUGGUUUUUAUUGCAAUUUUUGUUAAGCAUUUUAUCUUCAUGCAAGCUAACACCAUGCAAAUGAAACAUACUGAAGCUGCCCAGCCACUGUUGCAAGAUUAGUAACAUGUGGUACUAUUUCCUGUUUGAUGCUUAAUAUAAGCUUAAACAAAAAACAAGUCACAAAAAUGGAUAGAGGUGGGUCAGCAUGAAUGUGUGGAGUAAAAGGAAAUGGGUGCUGAUCCGUUGGUCCAGUGGAGUACAUACGUACCAGGUAUGCAGAGAAAGAGCAUGUUUCUGUUUCAACUUACAACCACUUAAUCUUUCAGGGGUUGAAAAUACUCUUAGGGACACUAUGUAUGUAGACCUUGAAUACCUGAUUCUGAUCUACUUUUAGGAAAAUAACAUCAGCUGAGGUGCACUUCACAGACUAUUAUGUGGUGAUUUAAUCCCUCUCCAACACCCUUUUUGUUUUUUCCUUUGAGAAGUUCUUUUUAGUUUCUUGGAUUCUGACAAGUCACUGAAUGGGACUAGACUUCUUUGGGGUGUUUAUUCCAUGACCAAGAAAGCUUUUGCAUGGAUCACCAUUGCAGCUAGCUUGGCAGAAUAAAUCCUGCGGAAAACCAACAUUAUUAUUAAGCUAGAUCAUGCACUGCUAAAUGUCUGAAGUUUAGAGUUGGGCAUAUUUCUUUUAAAUUACUGUGUUAACUGUAGCCCCAGAAUAAGAAUCUAGGUGGUAUUGCCUUCAGCAGUGAGCGUUAAACUGCUUGUUUUUUUGUUUUGUUUUGGGGUUUUCUUCAGGUAAAUAUAGGUCUUUGUGAUUUUAGGUAUGUUUUGAGGUAAAUGUCUUUCUUUUUCUGUUGUUCCUUGUACACUGGAAUUCCAUGCAGUUGGCAGUUUAAAGACAUGUACAAGCACAACACCUUUAUAUCCAAAUAGACUCUUCCAUAUUUCUGUCAUGAGAGGGUUCCUUCAGAAUAAGGCAGAUGAAGCAGGAAAGGAACAUGCAUGUGCAAGCUGUCUUCAAAGUGCUGUCAAGCUUGUUACUGGGUAACAGCAUAUGAUCUGUUACUGGAGACUCUCCUCUGGUGUGGGUUUUGCUUGCUGUCUUGCCUUUUAUCCGAGUGGACCUUAGAGUUUGAAUAUGAUUAGACAUACAGUUUAAGGAAUAGCCAUAUCUUAAAUGUGAAAAAGCACACUAAAUGAAAAAAAAAAGGUAUAAGACUGGGGAUUGUUCUUCCAGAGGAAAGUCUCUGUCAAGGAAAAUUACUUACUAUGGGUCAUCAAAACUAUAUAUUACUCUGAUAAUUUUGCAUGGAGCAAUAGAUCUUUUGCUACUGUAGCUGUGGGGGUUUUUGGUGAGCUAAUUUAAAUGGGAGGCGAGAAGCUACUAAGGUUUGCGUGAAACCUGAGUGGUUUGAAGUGAGAAAAGUUGUCUGACUUGUUUGGAAGCUGAUGGCUGUUUUUCUCCUCCCUGUAUGAGUUGAUUGUUUCUCUGCACUUUGCUUCUCACUACAGUGCCUGAAGGGGAAAGAAAUUCUUUCACACAAACUGUGAGUCUGGUAUUUUAAGUGUAAUUUAUUGCUUUAUCCCCAGCACUCAGAAAAGGGCAAAGGUGGGGACAUCUUGGCCUUGGAUGUGAUCUGUCAAACUACUGAUGUGACUAACAGUGUAAGGCUGCAGGUGCAGGGUUGCUGGCAAACCUAGCAAGGAGCAACAAGCUGACUAACUGAAGUACAAAACUCAUUUUGCUGAACUUAAUUCCACACCUAAUGCAUGUCACCUUGGUGAGUUCAGAUGUGAGUGUGCUCCUCACUGCCUCAGUGAUGACUCUGUCACAAAAUGCCUGGUGCUCAGUGUGUCUGAAAUAACAACCUGUUGGAUUCUUUUGUGAUGACAGGGACUCUUGCUUGGCAUUAAGUGGUCUUGCAAACGGAUGUGGAAGGUUUCCACAGACCACAGCGCAGUGCAGUGGAUGCUUGACAGGGAAGGCAGUGAAAUACUCCACUUUAAGGUGUAUGUUGAAAGUCUACCUGUAAUAAUAGCUGUAGGAAGGCAGGAAACCAGCAGAUCUGUGAAGGACAGCCCCUUGAUUUGGGGAUAUGUAUGAAGCCUAAUGAGAAUGUGAUUCAUCACUGCAGUCCUGCUCUUCCUGUUCUGCGUACUGCUGCCUUGUUUACAUACACUGCCAUUUUUCUUAAGAAAACACUGAAGGAAAACACCUGAAUUAGGUGUGUCUGGUGCUGUAAAACUCAGUGGAGCUGACCAUUAGCUACAUCUUAAGUUUACUUUGCUGAUGCCAGCUAAAGCUGAAUGCUGCAGGGCUUCUCAGGCUGACAGAUGGAGGCAAUAGUGAUGUUCACAGCAGUUUCUAGGGUGUCUGGGGUAGUCUGAGUAGAAAACCUGCACUUCUAAAUUGUGAUUCAUCACUUCCCUAGCUACUUUCCAACAAGUAGGUGGCAGACAGCAGCUUGAUGCACUGAGUCCAACUUUUCUUUGUUAUUUGUAACGUAAAAGCAAGCUUUAGCAUAAACAUUGUGUUUAAAACAGGAUCUACAGGCUUUGUCAAGGGAGUAACUGAAAACUGGAGAUGCUCUAAACAUAUCCUGUAGCUACUUCAGCUACACACUUUCUCACUUUGGAACAUUCUGCUUUAAUAGAAAUUCUUAUUGCAGUAAUUUCACAGCAGUGUAUAUGACAGAGGUAAAAAUGAAUGGAUUGUAAUCUCAAAGGUGAUCAUUAAACUCCAGCUUCUUUAAUAGUGACCAGAGUAGUUAUAUCAUGGGCCAUAGUGACCCUGGAUUUUAAGGAGGAGGCAAAGUUGGUCAGUGUUGUUCACUCAUGUUGGGACUCACCUGUACAAACAUACAAAGGAAGAAUAUGUUUCCCCCUAACAAAGAGUUUGGGAAUAAGAAUACUUAAAAUAAUUGGGAACACAAGCAUGAGAAUUCUUCUGGAUGCCACUGGUCUGUAUUGCACUGUAAGGCCCUUGAGAGGGGUAAAUUGCAGCUAUGCAGGAAACAGAAGGGAAUCUUUCAGCAUUCAGGUAUUUAGGUGUAGGUUUAAAUGUUUCCCUUAUUGCUGAGGUUUAUUUGCAGGUACCCCUGGGCAAAUAUGCUAACUACUCUAGCCAGUGUUAAACACUAUUGUAAGGUGUUGGGUGUGUGCUUAAUGAACUGGAGAAAAAUAGCAACUUUUUCUCUGAUGGGAGAUUUUUUCAGACUACCUUUUGGCUGGGGAGGAUCUGGGAUUUGGUUUCUGUGUGUAUGGUGCUUUUUUGAUGUACAAACAAGUUUAUUGGAAAUGGGUUUCAGUACCCUGUAUGCUACUUGUAACUUAAGCUUGGAAGCAGAGAAACUUGCAUGAUUUUGUCUUUUGUUACUGACCUGUAAAGCAUAUUUUGAGAUGUCAAAUGCUUUGUUUCUUUCUCUUUGGAAACAUUGAAGUUGAAAUAUAUCUUUGCUAUAGAGCUAUCAAGCAUUGAGUGCUUGCUUCAUUUAAAAGGACUUCUGGAAAAAAAACUUGAAUUGUGGAGGGAUGGCUGGGAGAGAAUGGCCUUAACUCAGAUGUAUUCCAAGUAUUUCUUGUACCCUGCAGAGUGUAUCUGUAAAAAUAACUGGAAGUGUGAUGGAGCUUCAGAAUUUUAGGUCAAAGUUCUUAAGAGACCUCUCCUACCUUGCUAUUGUAUAUGGAAAUAAGGGCUGUCUGUUACCAGGAAUGGUAAUACUUUCUUUUAUCAAAACAAGCCAUGCAGGUUUCCUUGGUAAAGAAAGAGCUGCAGUAAUGUUAGUUGCAAGAAAUGCAGACUCAAGCAAAAAUGGCACAAAAAUGCCAACCAAGGGUUGUGAAGAGUGACUUGUCAGAGGUGUGGAACAACGCAAUCCUGAGCUGUGUGCUGGGAGAAUGACAGUCAGUUGCUGAGUCCUGCUGCUUUGUAAAAUGCAGAUGCAACAGGCUUCCUGCCACAUCAUCUUCCCUGCUUAAAUAAUGGCCAUGAAUGUGGGCUUGACCAUACCUGUGCUGCUCUAGACAUCUUUCCAGAAAGGGCAUGUUUGCAGCACAGUAAAGGUAAUGUGUGUUUAUUACAUGUGAGGCUACAACAAUUGUUGCAAGCACAUGAAAGCACCACUUUCAAUGGGCCUUGCCGUAAUGAAGUCCUGAUCUGAUUCCUAUUAACACAUCUUCUUGUUUUCUGCAAUAAAAGGUGGUACUGUGCAUAUUAAAGCAAA